AUGGUCUGCCGCGCCGUUGCGACGACCAUUGAACUCGUCCAUCUGGAGGCAUUCCAGCGCCACGUGCUGGAGGUUGAGAGCAAGAUCCUAAGAGAGGAUCCCGAAGUCGUGGGUGCAUAUAAUAUUGUGUCACUUACGGCUCUCGUGGCCGAGUUCACGCCGUGGAGGAGGAAACUGGAAUGGCUGUGGGAUGCCGUGCAAUUUAUGCUCAAAGCAGACGCAGUUAAAGGGUGUACUGCAGCACAGCUGAUUGACAGGCUGCGUAAGGAGCUGCAGAGUGGGUUCAGAGACGUCGAAGAAACUGCACAGAGCUUGGUGAAAAGCGCGGAAACAGCCUGGUUGAAACAAGCGUCUGCGUGGAUAUUGUACGGGAGACUGCCGAGCAUUGGCCAAGAUGCCUUCUUCAUCCGGGCUUCUAAAGGCGAGAACGAGGUGCUAGAAUACUUCUUGGAGCAGUCCCAACUACCGAGUUUUGUCUCUCCCUCGACUGCAGCGUCCAUGCUAUUUAUUGGCAGAUGCUUGAAUCAUGUCCGAGUCAAGGCAACAUUAGAAUCUGGCCUAGAGGGUAGAAAUCAUGUGGCAGCUCAGUUGCAAGAGCUGUCCGGCCUUACCUUCCCACUUGAUCGCGCAUCCUUCUCGAGGACCAUCACGUCCAUCCGACUCUCUCUGUCUAGGAACACGCUGCAAAAGCUGCUUCCCCUCGAAAAAGUUGUGGAGAUCCUCACGCUCUUCCGGGAUUAUUUCCUCCUCGCCAAGGGCGAAUUCGCUAUGGCACUAACUCAGGAGGCUGAUGAGAAGAACCGUAGCCGGUGGAGACGGGCGGACAACCUCGCCUACGAGAAGCGAGACGGCUUAACGAAUGUCGUUGUGAAACAGGGAGAGGUGACGAGUGUGCUAGCCAGGACAUGGGCAGCUAUGGGCUCCAUGCGGGGUCUUCAUGCUGAUGAGGAUGAAGGCUUGGAACUUGCUCGCGAUCUUUUGCGUCUUCAAGUCGGGAAAUCCCAGUCGGUGACGCCUUUACCGCUCGGAUCCACCACUUCUCAGCACCCCUCUACAGUCGUGUCCGCGACGCCCUUCCGUAAUCUACUCUUUUCCGCCCCAACCAUACUUACACUCUCGGAGAUACCGUCGCCGUUAGACAUGUUUCUUGCCUCGGCGGACUUGCAAAUCUAUACCGUGAUCAAUUCGUACUUGCUCUCGAUUCGAAGAGCACAUAUCCGUCUUACCGACCUUUGGAAAAUGACAUCUCUGCGAAGACAUUAUCCCGCUCCCCCAGGUCCGCCGUUCGGAAGUACUCGUGCGGGUCGGGAAAGAGUGGUUCUUCUUCGCAAAAGGCAGACGUCUAGAUCGUUGAUUAUGCGAAGCGCUUGGGUGGCUUGUAGCGCAGCCGUCUUUUUCCUCGCGGAGACGGAAGCUUACAUGCAAUCCGAGGUGCUCGCCGGUAUGUGGGAGGAUUUCCAGAGAUGGCUUUCCGGAGAGGUUACAACAACUGUACCAGCCGUCGCGCCAACUAGGUCCGCGACAGUCAAUUUAUCCACUGUUACGAGAGAGACCGAAAGCGCCGAUUUCGAGGACAUCUGGCUCGAAACAUCUACCGAGACGCGGCCACCCUCCUCGCCCGAUAAGCCCCGCAUAACGCCCUCCCAGCAGUACGAUCCCGAAUCCCUAGCCACCGCCCAUAGAACCUACCUCCGAUCGCUCUGCCGCCACCUCCUCCUUACGCAACCAUCUUACACCGAACCCCUCUACUCUCUCCUCGUGCACAUCGACCACCUCGUCGCCCUCAUCCGCCGCCUUCACUCUAUUUGGGAAUCAAUGGAUCUCGAAACCGAUGCCGGCGUGGUAGACGCCUUCGCCGACCUCGAGCGUGACGAGCGAGAGGUGAUCCCUGCCGUCAGAGAUCUCGAGGUGAACGUGCGCACGUCCAUAUCCGAGGUCAUCACCGCGUUGAGGGCCUUAGAAAUGGACCCGGUGUUUGCUGCCGAGCUCGAGGGCGAAGAUGAUGCGGAGGCCGAUCAGCACGUCGGUGAAGUUGAUGGUGAUACGGCAUUUGUGCCGAGGAGAAUCGGGGGCAUUAAUCGUCUUUUGAUGAAGUUGGAUUUUGGGGGCUGGAUUGGUGGCCCGAAGGUGGAUGGGUUCGAUGAAGCGGGUGCUGAAUUCUGA